AUGGGCAAGAUAUUUGACGCUGCAGAAGUCGCGAAACAUAAUACCCCCGACAGUUGUUGGGUGAUUUUGUACGGAAAAGUGUACGAUGUCACAGACUUUCUUUCGGAACAUCCUGGUGGUGCCAGGAUCAUUCUCAAGCUUGCCGGCAAAGAUGCUACGGAGGAAUACGAUCCCAUCCAUCCUCCAGGCAUUCUCGAGGAGAAUCUCAAGCCUGAAGCAUUGCUAGGAACCGUCAACCCAGAUACGCUACCCAAGGUACAGGCAGAGCCUUCCCCAGCGGCAUCCGAGGAGAGCAAAGGGCAGGUCCCCAUGGAAGCACUCCUCAACAUGGACGAUAUUGAGCAACUAGCCACAAAGAAAGUCAGCAAAAAGGCAUGGGCCUACUACUACUCAGCAUCCGAUGAUAAAAUUACCAAGCGGUUCAAUACCGAGGUGUAUAGAUCCAUCAUUUUGCGACCAAGGGUGUUUAUCGACUGCACGAAAUGCGAUUUGGAUACCUCUUUUCUUGGACACAAGCUUGGAAUGCCAAUAUAUGUGUCGCCUGCUGCUAUGGCUCGCCUGGGCCAUCCAGCAGGUGAGGCAGGCAUUGCAGAGGCGUGUCGCAGCUUCGGGGCUAUGCAAAUCAUCUCCAACAAUGCAUCCAUGACACCAGAGCAGAUUGUCAAGGAUGCUGCUCCGGAUCAGGUUUUUGGAUGGCAAAUCUAUGUUCAGAUCGACCGCAAGAAGAGCGAAGCGAUGCUGGCACGCAUCAACAAGCUGAAGGCAAUCAAGUUCAUCGUUCUCACCCUUGAUGCUCCCGUUCCCGGUAAACGAGAGGACGACGAGCGAGGCAACAACGUUGGUGCUUCAAUGCCAGUUCCCAGUGCUGCGAAAGCCGCAGACAAAGCCGCAGAUGGUCCGAAUGUGAGCCAAGCUGGGGGUGUUGGAAAGCAGUUGUUUGCCGGAACAGACCCAUCUCUCACAUGGAAGGAGACUUUGCCGUGGCUGGCUAAGCACACAGAUUUGCCUAUUGUUCUCAAGGGUCUCCAAACACAUGAGGACGCCUACAUCGCGUCGCUUCACACUCCGCAAGUGAAGGGUAUCAUCCUAUCGAAUCACGGAGGCCGAGCCGCUGACACCGCUCCUCCUCCGGUCCAUACUCUGUUAGAGAUCCGGAAAUACUGCCCUGAGGUCUUCGACAAACUCGAUGUUUGGGUAGAUGGUGGCAUUCGACGCGGCACAGAUGUUGUGAAAGCCCUUUGUCUAGGUGCCAAAGCUGUAGGAAUUGGACGGCCUGCCCUUUGGGGCUUGGGAGCCGGUGGCGUCGAUGGUGUUAAGCGCACAUUGGAGAUCCUUGCCGACGAAACCAAGACUUGCAUGCGGCUGCUUGGUGUCGAAAGGGUGGAGGAUUUAGGACUACAGCACAUCAAUACCCGAGUCGUUGAGCAACAGAUCUAUGACGGUCCUUCUGGCCUCGAUUCCAUUCGGAACGUUUUCCGUGCAAAGCUCUAG